AUGCGGGACCAAGACACCACAAUGGAAGACCAUGAUGCUGGUCCAUCUUCGGCAUUCCAUCCACGCCCACUCAUUGAUAUUGAUGCUGACGAUCUAUCAAUCACCGGUCCUGUUGGUGACCGUUCAGUCAAUUCACGACGUAACGGACCCCUCUUGAACAUGGGACAGAUCGUUUCCAAGAACCAACCCGCAUCUGCGCCUACUGAACUGCAAUCUCUGUCGGCCGCUGACAGGGAUGACUUAUCAUCUGAAACAUCAGAAAGCUCACAAGAAAGUGGUGGUGUGAGACUUUGGCCCUCUAACGAAGCAGUCCCAGCUCCUCGCUCUCUAUUCACUGGCAACAACAUAGCUCGCCUGGACUAUGGACGUAGUAUCUGGGAUAUGGCAGGACAAGCGAUUGAGGACGAUCGUUCUGCAAAGAAAUCGACAUAUCCUGAAAACUCUGCACUACUUCUCGCCUAUCAAAUGGACCGCAACACUCCUGAGCCCACGCUGCGCUUCUUGCCGUUCGUUCCCGUGUCACUGAAGAGAAAGAACAAGAGCAAGAACGAGCGCUUCAUGGUUCAACCUUCGCACAAGCAACGCAUUGAUGCUUCUCAGUUGACCGCCAGGAGAGCACAGUGGGUAGCAGGUGAGUUUCCCGUUGAGCUGUUCGAACUCAUCAACCAAUAUCUCUCCCGCGACGACAUCAAGUCGAUGCGUCUGGUGAGCAAGGAGUUUGAGCGUGGUGUAUCAGGCUCUCUGUUUGAUACGGUUGUUGUCCCCUUCAACACAGAACUGUACGAGAUGAUUGAGCAGAAGGUUGCAAAGCGCGACUUGAAGGGCAAGCGCAGAGCUGAUGACCCUAUCAACAACUUUGUUGACCUGGAACCUGGCUCACUACACUGGAAGAAUGCCCUAGAAGACUCAGAUGACAAGGUCUACCGCGGUCAUGGGCUCAAGGUUUUCGAAGGCUUUGGCCACCAUAUUCGUCGCUUCGGCAUGAGCUUUGAGAUCAAGGAAGACGCACUCCAGAACCCGCCCCAGAAGAACAAACUUGACAGCCAUGAGAGCUACUUCGGUUCAUACGAAUGGCCAUCAAAGGAGUAUACCCGCUAUGAACUGCUCGCUGGUCUUGAGCGUACAGCAGACGAAACCUCGCAAAUGAAGUUGGCCUUCUCACACUUGUCAGUGGUUCAGCAGCUCGCACUUUCCAUGGAUAGCGGCCUUGGAUGGAUGAAUGGACCCGACAAGUCAUUACGCAGCAUGAUCCUGCAGCGCCCUUCGCCGCUCUUUGGUUGUUCACACGGCAUAGUAGACGCACAACAACAGGAGCGCAUCAGGUUGUGGGAGGCUAUCGAGUCUGCACAUGACAGACUGGGUGCUCUAGAGGACUUGAAGGAGGGCUCUCUCGAACGCGUGAACUUGGAUGAGAACUUCUUCUACCGUCCCCCAUUCUCGACCACUCCCUACGCCUCUCCUGCUUUGUGGGCCACUGCUCCUGUCCAACCAAUCGCCGCUCUGGUGCCUGGUGUUUCUGACAGUGAUGGCCUUGAUGCUGCGGAGACUGGAGUACUGUACAUUUCCCCUCCCGAUACACGCGAUCAUCUAUCCCACUCAACUGAAGCUCAGAGACUGGAGUUCUCGAGAAGACUCGAGAAGUUUAGUCCUGCCAGCUUGGGCGUCCAUCAGAAGGAGUGGCUCUUGGAGGCUGAAUGGGCCCAGAGAGCCUUCCUCACAACAUACAUGCUCGGAGUUGUGGACAACAGCUCGGUAUUUGGCAAGGUAUCGGCCCUGAACUUCCGUGUCUCCAGCCACCUGGUACCCUUGCUCUGUCGCCAUGACUUCUGGACCGCUCUCCCGAAGUUGCAAGAGGUCACGCUUGCUGUCAUCCCUGAUUGGCGUACUGUUGAGAGAGACGAGGCUGGUAUCGUUGAGACUAAGGACGUUGACCCAUCGGUUGCUGUCGAGAAGACACACAGUCUGCUUCAAGACUACAUUGGUGUCAGACUGAACGUUACUAAACUCAAAUUCUCUUGGGCCGCUGGUGGCGAGCACGCCGAGGGCAUCUUUGCUCGUAACCACCACAUUUUGCCCGCUCCGGUCACCACCAUUGCUCGCUCGGCAACUCUCGCCUUGAAGGACGAUGACUUGAUUAAUCUGCCAUACAUCAGGGAUCUUACUUUCUCUAACUGCUGGUUCACACCAGUCUCCAUCGUGGCAAUGGUCAAGAAGCUGCGCAAGAAGUCCCUCAAGAAGAUCAAGUUUGACUCUGUUUCUCUUACUGCUAUGCCUCGCGCCGCCAAUGUCGGGGUUAAUCCUAUCAAUCAUGCCAACCCCAACCAGAACAUGUUUGCGGCCCAACAAGCUCCAGGUCCUGGUGUGGUCAUGCUCGGUGGUCAUUUCGCUGCUCAAUUCGGCGCCCAGAUAUGGCAAGGUCCGCCUGCAGGUGUGCCUGUUCAACAAUGGGCUCAGACAAUGUUACAGAACCUGAAUGCCGUGACGCAGCAACAAGGUGUUGUACUGUACCAGGUUCCUCAGAUCUGGACCAACCACCCAAUGGGAAUGACAAUGCAGCAGAUUCAUGGUAUGCUAACUGGACUUGUCGCUGGCAAUAUUCAAGGCGCUCCGCCGAUGGCUCAACCUGGAAUGCUCUACCAGCUUCCGCAACAACAACAGCAGGCCGGCGCAGCCCAAUUCCCUCAGAUAGCGCCGCCUGCAGCACUCCCACCGCCACCUCCUCACGUACAGGCUGGCUGGCUUUUGCCUCCUCAGCCUGCAGCUCAAGCCGCUCCUGCACCUCAGCCCAGCAACAGACCUUGGUACGAAGGACACCGUACUGGCUCCUGGGUGAAUGCGAUCGAUAAGAUAAGUCCAGGACCCAGACUUGAGAUGUACUCACCUCGUGACGAGUUUGAGCCUGCACCUGAGCCGCGCAANAAGGGCCUCGUGUCGGCCGAGUUCAAGUCAUGCGGCUAUGUACAGCUUCGUUCACCGACCUUUGGUGAUCAGAACAACAUUGAAGCACCUGCUGCGUACCGCAUGAGCCGCCACUUCAUCCGUCGCCAGAGCCUCCUGUCACCAGCCAUGCUCACUACCCAAGACAAGCUCCUUGGCACGAUUGUACAAUACAUGUCUGAGCACGAGACGGAUGCGCUUCACCACGCAUGGGGUAUGACAACGGGCUGGAGUGACGCAAAGCUCGCCGAAGAGGCCGAGUAUGAUGGCUAUCUCGCUGGAGGUACUGGCCGUUUCUCAGGAAGCGUGACCAAAGACUCGAUUAUCCAGGAGGCUUAUUCUGCUCAGCACUGA